AUUCCAUUCAUUGACGCGCUCAUUCAUCUCGAGUGAUUUUAUACUUUGAAUUCUCCACCAUCAUCUUUACUACCAAACUAAGUGUCAUCAUUUGCUUUAUUACUGCUGCCAUGGCUACAGGGAAUCCCUUGGACUUACCUGAGAUAAGACAGAAAAUUGCCACAUAUCUGAACAAGUGCGAAAAGGCCUGCUGUCUUACUGUCUGCAAGGCUUGGUAUGCUUCCUUCCUACCAUUUAUCUGGAAGGAUAUCAAUGUUGUGCAUGGUGUUCAUUCUCAAGGCCCUACACCAGAUGUCCUUCAAUAUCAUCGUACAAUGGUUCACACGCUCGCAAUCUCGAGUAACGCGCCAGGAUUAUAUGCAUUCAACUAUCCGAACCUAAAUACCCUCCUUUUAAGAACAACAGAUCGGAAGAGGGACUAUUCAAUCGGGGCAGAACCAACGGCGCUGAUUCUCCUCAAUCCUUCAUUGACCUGUCUUGAACUUUUUAAUAUGGAGGGUUACUUGUAUGGACCAUUCUGGAGAGCCGUGUCAAAUCUACCACAUCUAAGAACCUUGCGGCUCUAUGGGCCGAUUGCAGGAAGUGAAGAGCUGUACACAUUUUGGAGUCCUCGCAGACUACGCAUAGACAAUACUGUUGGGUCAAAUGGACUGAGUAGAGAUAUCCUGAUUGACAUGACAUUUCCACAGAUCCGCUGCCUGGGACUUGAUGGUUUGAAAGGACCUAAUGCCCAAGACCAGCUCCAGUUACUAAUCCAAUGUCCUGGCUUGGAGAGCCUUUCUUGGACUUCUUCAUGGGCAGGAAUGGGCACUGUAGGGAGUAAGUUUUCAGAAUAUGUAAGGCGGGGAGCAUGGCCACAUCUGAAAAUAUUAUAUUUACACUUUAUUCUUCAGGAUGGAGAAAUCGGACAAAUCCUUGGUGGGCUACAAAAGGCAGCUAAGCUUGGGUUCAUGAACACGGGCUUUGGAAACCAUGCAUAUUGGUGUCUCCAGCACCACUUCAGCACAUUAAAAGAACUGGACCUUAGGUCCUGCAAGGACGUAACUAGCAUUAUGAUUAAGGAAAUCUUGUGCUCCUGUUCGUUACUCGAGGUAUUCAAGAGUGGAAGUGUUCUCGCAAAAGUUACCUUGGAGGGUCGACCAUGGGUUUGCAUGUUGAUGAAAAGUCUGACCAUUAAUUUUUUAUUUGAGCCAGACGAAGAGGAGCUUCAGCAACUAAUAUUUGGGCGUCUGGCACAUCUGAUGCAUCUGGAGAUUUUAAAUGCAGGAUAUGAAAUCGGCAUGGAGAAUGAGGGGACCGCAGUUGAAACGCAAUCAUUGAACUUUCGACUUGAGAAUGGACUUGACACUCUUGCAAAUUUGACUCAGAUUAAAUUGCUUACUUUUAUCGGGACAAGACAGUCUCUUGAGGAGAAGGAGAUCGCCUGGAUGGCGGAGCAUUGGGCCAGUCUUUUAUAUCUAGGUGGCCGACUCUGUCCUGAUGCAGAGAAGAAUCGGAUUUUAAGAGACUUGGCCCAACUUCAUGGGAUCUUUGAAAUACCUUCCAUCAACGGUUUACUGAUGGACGUCCUUGAGGCCAGGGUUUUAUCCAUAGCCUUAUGAAUGUACAUCGAUGCUAUAUCAUCCUAAUACUAAAUCUUCUAGUGAACGAAAAUGUUAAUUUUUGAUUUUUG